GUGACGUCACCGCAGCCGUAUGUGGACCGAUGGGCGCGUGCGGAGCUUCUAUCUGCAGCAAAGACUGAAGGUCAGAGAGACAGACAGAUAGAGGUACAGACAGCUUUGAGAACGACACUUUAUCUGAAGGGUUUGAUAUGACUCCACCCAUCGCAUCGCCAGCCGUGACCCCACCGGAUGGAGGGUGGGGUUGGGCUGUGGUGGGCGGGGCCUUCAUCUCGAUUGGAUUCUCCUACGCUUUUCCAAAAGCCACCACUGUGUUUUUUAAAGACAUUCAGCGAAUCUUUGAUGCCUCCUACAGUCAGGUGGCCUGGAUCUCAUCCAUCAUGUUAGCCGUCAUGUACGCUGGAGGUCCCAUAAGCAGUAUUCUGGUGAACACAUACGGCUGUCGUCCUAUCAUGAUGAUAGGUGGUUUACUGUGUGCCAUCGGUAUGAUCGGUGCCUCCUUCUGUAAUAAUGUCAUACAACUGUACAUCUGUAUAGGAGUGAUUGGAGGGUUCGGCCUCGCGUUUAACCUUCAGCCCGCGUUAACAAUGAUCGGAAGAUACUUCUAUAAGAAACGUCCCAUUGCCAACGGUUUCGCCAUGGCGGGAAGCCCCGUGUUUCUCAGCACCCUCGCACCGCUCAACCAGUACCUCAUCAAUGAGUACGGAUGGAGAGGCAGUUUUCUCAUUCUUGGAGGACUUCUGCUGAACUGUUGUGUAGCUGGAUCUCUCAUGAGACCCCUGCAAGCCCCUCCAAACCAGGCCAAAAAGAUUGAGGAGAAACCCUCGGCUGAGGUGACAUCAAAGACUGAGACGGCCACAGCCUGGCAGACCGUCAACAAAUAUCUGGACCUGUCGCUCUUUAAGCACCGCGGCUUUCUCAUUUACCUGUCGGGGAACGUCAUCAUGUUUGUCGGCUUUUUCGCACCCAUCGUUUUCCUCUCCUCCUACGCCAAAGACAGCGGUGUGGACGAGUAUCGAGCAGCAUUUCUGCUGUCUAUCCUGGCCUUCGUGGACAUGUUCGCCCGGCCGACGAUGGGUCUGGUGGCAAACUCGCGCUGGAUCCGUCCUAAGAUCCAGUACUUCUUCAGUUUUGCCGUGCUGUAUAACGGCGUGUGUCACGUCCUGUGUCCUCUGGCCGAGAGCUACACCGGGCUGGUGGUGUACUCCGUGUUCUUCGGUUUGGCGUUUGGGAUGGUCAGCGCGGUUCUGUUCGAGACACUGAUGGAUCUGGUGGGAGCUGAGAGGUUCUCCAGCGCCGUGGGUCUCACCACUAUUGUGGAGUGUUGUCCGGUUCUCAUCGGUCCACCUCUGGCAGGGAAGUUAGUGGACAUCACAAAAAACUACAAGUACAUGUAUUUGUGUUGUGGAUCUGUGGUUAUAUUGGCCAGCAUCUGGCUCUUCAUCGGCAACUUCAUCAACUACCGCCUGCUGGAGCGCGAACGCAAACAGAACGAGACGCACAACCGGACUGAGAACGAGAAUCAAGAGCAGACGCGUGCGCAGACGGACGCAGACGCUGAAGCUUCACAGCAGCUCUAUGAGGAAGAAGACGGUGUUAUGCAGCGGGAAACAAACAUUUAAACUCUCAAUGUUUUAUUGAGGAGACACUGCCAAAAUACAUUCAUUGUGUAAGAAAGACAUGACGCGCCGGUGUUUCUACAGAUUAUAAUCUUAUUGGAUUAGCAUGUGUCAAUACAACACAUUCUCGUGCUUUUGAUCAUACGUCAUAUUUAUAUGAGUAAAUGUCAGUGUUUUAAAGCAGUGUGCGUGUUUGUUUGUGUUUUAUUCACACACAUUAUUUCUUCAGCCCUGCUGCUGCUGUUAUACUGAAUCAGAUGAUCUGAUCUGAUUGAAUGUAAAUCAUUCCUGAUGUUUUAGGGCCUUAUAUAAAUCUAUUCCUGAUCUAAUCACUUCUGAAGAUAAAUGCUGGUUAUUAUUAAACACUACACACAUCAAGCAAUAUCAUUGCAAAUUGACUCUCCUCAGGGGAAAUAUUCAUGUUUUUAGGGGUUGUUUUUUUUCCUACAGGGUAUUUUAACAAAGUAAUACACAAGCUGUAGAAAUGCUGAUAAUUUACCGUAAACAUACAUUGAUUUAGUUCAUUAUAUUUUUAAAGGAAUAAGAUUAUAAACACUCUUUUUGACUGAUAUAAUAUUGCCUUAAAUAUAAAUGAUCUAAUACUCUAACAGUCUAAAUAAAACAUGUGUACUAAUGUAGAUGUACUAAUAAAUCAACGAUAGGUUUAACCCUCUUAGUGAUGUAUAAAUCAUGCAAUGCAUAAGUAUUACUUUUUUACUAGUAUGUUUUGUUAAGCAUUUGUUAAGCAGAUUGUUUAAGAGUAAAACCAAAUCUUUAGCCGUUUUAUUUUCAUGAGCACCAAAGCUUUUGUGUAUUAUCUUGAAUAAAUAUGCUGCACUGAUGAUAUCAAGCAUGUAUAACAUUAAUAUGUGUCAGGUAUUUGCUGUGAUAUAACAUCAUGUUGUGUGUUUGUGUGUUUCCUGCCAUUACAAAGUAACAAACUUUUCAUAUAUCAAACAGAUCAAAUACACCAAAUUCAAUCCGAAACGACACUCAGAUAUGUUUCAAUGUUACAUUUUAUCUUUCUGUUUCAUUUUUUCUUUUUUUUUCGUAAUUGUUAAGUUUGUUAAAGUGUAUUAACAAACUAUGCAUUUAAAUUGACCAAUAUUUUUUUCCAAAUGUUAUAUUAUAGACAUUAUGUAUUGUAAGUAGAUUUAUUUAUAAUGGAUUUACAAUUAAACUUGAUUGUGGUCUGAAGAUGAGAAAUACUUCAAAAUCCUCUAUGAUGAUUGUUCAUCUAAAAUUACGUGAUGAACUUACAUGCUGAAGUCCUGUUUUACUGUCAAAAUGACAAAAUCCAUUUGAUCUUAUUGUGAAAUGUAGAAGUGAUAAAUAGUCAAGAAAAACUCAGACUGAUUAUCUGUUAUUAAAGGUCACUGAAUGUGCCUUACAAACAUAAGAGCUUCAUCAUGUUUAUUAAACUAUGCCAAAUCCAUUCCUGAAAUCAUAAAAUCAUAAUAACUACAGUAAGAGAGAGAGAGAGAGAGAGAGAGAGAGAGUUUAACCUUAUGUCUGUGUAUAUUAACAUCUCAUACACAGAUCUCUACCCCUUAGAGACACAAUAAACACAAAUGUUUGUCAUAUUCAGUUUGAUCGUGCGUUUAAUUCUUAUACAUCAGAUCUCUGUAUUGUUUUGUAUUUAAAUUGAUUUGAUUUGUAUUCAUAAAGUUCUUGAUGUGCUGGAUGUGAGAUGUUUUAAUGUUAACAUCAGUAAUGUCUUU